UGACAUGUAAAAUCACAUGAUCAAUAACCUUUCAAGAUGGCGAAAAGCAAGGUGGAUAUGAGCUCUCUAAACGGACCUUUAGAUGAGCUUGCGGGAAGAAAAAUACAACAACUUGCAAUUACAAGGGAUUAUAUUUCACAGCCUAGGCUAACCUACAAAACAGUGUCGGGUGUAAAUGGGCCCCUGGUUAUAUUGGACGAUGUAAAGUUUCCUAAAUUUGCUGAGAUUGUGGAGUUGACUCUUGCUGAUGGCACACAGAGAAGUGGACAAGUGCUGGAGGUCAGCGGGUCCAAGGCUGUCGUCCAGGUGUUUGAGGGAACACAUGGCAUUGAUGCAAAGCACACCACAUGUGAAUUCACCGGAGAUAUUCUCAGGAUGGCUGUGUCUGAGGACAUGUUGGGACGAGUAUUCAAUGGGUCUGGUAGACCAAUUGACAAAGGACCACCAGUGGUGGCAGAGGACUUCCUUGACAUUCAAGGCCAGCCCAUUAACCCCUGGGCCCGUAUCUAUCCCGAGGAGAUGAUACAGACCGGUAUAUCUGCCAUUGACGGCAUGAACAGUAUUGCUCGUGGACAGAAGAUCCCCAUCUUCUCUGCUGCAGGUCUACCACAUAACGAAAUUGCGGCCCAGAUUUGUCGACAGGGCGGUCUAGUCAAGCUGCCAGGCAAGAGUGUCCUGGAUGAUCACGAUGACAACUUCGCUAUCGUGUUUGCUGCUAUGGGUGUCAACAUGGAGGCUGCUCGAUUCUUCAAACAGGACUUUGAGGAGAAUGGAUCCAUGGAGAAUGUGUGUCUCUUCCUCAACUUGGCAAAUGAUCCCACGAUAGAGCGUAUUAUCACACCCCGUAUAGCUCUAACAGCUGCUGAGUUUAUGGCCUACCAGUGCGAGAAACACGUUCUUGUAAUCCUCACAGACAUGAGUUCCUAUGCUGACGCUCUCCGAGAAGUGUCUGCGGCCAGAGAGGAAGUACCGGGUCGUCGUGGUUUCCCUGGUUACAUGUACACCGAUUUAGCCACCAUCUACGAACGUGCCGGCCGAGUAGAAGGAAGGAAUGGCUCCAUCACACAAAUCCCAAUCCUUACCAUGCCAAACGACGACAUCACUCAUCCAAUUCCUGAUUUGACUGGUUACAUCACGGAGGGACAAAUUUACGUUGAUCGACAGCUUCACAAUCGACAGAUCUUCCCACCUAUUAAUGUGCUGCCCUCCUUGUCGAGAUUGAUGAAGUCUGCUAUUGGUGAAGGAAUGACAAGGGAAGACCACUCCGAUGUAUCCAAUCAAUUGUAUGCCUGCUACGCCAUUGGUAAAGAUGUCCAGGCCAUGAAAGCAGUGGUGGGAGAGGAGGCCCUCACGCCUGACGAUUUACUGUACCUAGAAUUCCUUACCAAGUUUGAGAAGAAUUUCAUCGCUCAAGGCCACUACGAGAAUAGAACAAUCUUUGAAACGUUAGACAUCGGAUGGCAACUCUUGCGAAUUUUCCCCAAGGAGAUGUUGAAACGAAUUCCAAUGAACACACUGGCUAAGUAUUAUCCACGUGACGCUCACAAGCAACAGCAACAAAAGUCAGCAGCAGCGGCAGCUGAAGCUGCUGGACACAGCACGCAACUAUAGACAUGUUACCAUAGCGAUUUCACCCGUUGUCACCAGAGGUUUCAUCAGCUGCUAACAUUCCACAUUUACCGCCUCAGUUCUGUCAAUGUCUUCUUCAGUGUAAUACAAAUCUUGCGAAAAUAAUACCAAUGCAUUAAACAGACCCCCUCCGAAGGUUGCGACUGGAAAAAAAUGCACAGUACCGUGGAUUGUUCCGAUUCUGAGGUUCGCUGAUCUAGAAACUUUUAUAUAUGACAUGGUCAUCGUAUAAGAUGCUUGAUUUUUAAUAUGAGGUCAAUGAUUAAAAAACAAUGUCUUUUGCAUUUAGAAAAUUUGAAAUGUAAAUAGAUAGAAAAACUAUUAUUCUCCUUUAUAAGUGUAUAUCAGUGUUUAAGCCCUGUGUUAAUCUGUCUUAGUGUUCAUACUGAAUUAGCUGUCCAUACAAAAUGUAGUAGAAUUCUUUUGUCUCUUUAGGUUGUCACUAUUAACUGAUUAUUUUAGGAUAUAUUCUAUAAAGAGUCUGAUAAAUAGGUUUCCAUUAACCAUGAACCUCAUCCACAUUAAACUUAUUUAAUAUUGUGGAGCAUUGUUCUUCUUAGACUGGCUAUGUUCAGAUUGUAGCUAUGAUUUCUUUAUGCCUUAGGGAUUGCUAAAUCAUAGAUCCUUAUACCAUGACAGUAAAUUUUUAAAAAGGUGAAUUUGUUUUUUCCACUUUCUCAGUCUGUCAUUACAGUCAAAGAAAGCAAUACUGUCAACAUUUGUACAGGGUAGUUUUCUGAAAAUAUUAAAUUGGAGAGGGACCAAUCAAGGUUUACAGGUAAGGGAAAAAUCUGGAGAGUUGCUGAAUGGAUGUACAGAUAUUUAAACUAACAAUAUUAAUCCAGUUAAAUUUUCAAUAGAAAUAACCAUCAUUAGACAUUGAUUGUUUUAAGUACUAGUUCCAGAACAUUUUCCUUACUGCUCAGUAUUGUUUUCAAUGGUAAAAAUAAUAAUCAUUGGGCGAGGAGGGGGGCUGGACACUGCUGGUAGACUGUAAACAUAAAUUCAGGUUCAGGUCCUAAAAGUCUUUGUCAAGAAUAAACAAACACCAAACUAUAAGGCUCAUCCCUUUUUCAUAAACGAACAAUUCUAGUCCAUUUUUUAUCUGAUCAAAACCGAGAAUAUUUGCAAGGGGAGAUAACCCGAAGUGGGGGAGGGGAGGCUGGUCAGAAAUGAGAUGAAAUAUAAAUAUAAUCAUGAUCAAAUAAUUGAGAGGUGGUGAAAAAGAAUGAGAAACAAAUCAACUUGUGUUAAAGCAACAAAUGUCUUAUAGGUAACUAGUUGAUGCCCACUUAUAUGAUAUUAUGGAUAUAUAAAUAUGAAUGCAAGACAAGCAUUUUAUCGAUAGUGCUUGACUUUGAAAGUGACGGUGGUGUAUUUUGAUUCAUAUGAUUUGAGAAUUUCUCUCAAAAACAUUAAAUUGUCCUGAAAUUUUUAAUUUUGAAUGGAAUUUAAAAUAGACAGUUUUUUAAACGGUGCAUGUAGAUUUCUUAGUUUAAUAUCUAUAUAUAUAUAUAUAUAUAUAUAUGCAGUACAAAACACAGAAAGAAAUAUAUCAUAGAUUGAUAUUGGUAAGUUAGUAUAAAAGUAAAAAGUGUAUGUUUUUGUGAUAGGUAGAAUUGUACAUUGUGGGUGAGAAAUGUUGUAAAUUUCAUGAAUGUUUACAUAUAUUGUGAUUUAUAUAGCAAUCACUUAGAAAUAGGGUAUAAUGUUCAUUCCUGUGAAAUAAACAAAAUGUAUUUUUUCGAUACAGAAAAUUUGUAGUGCUGUAUUGAUGUUCAGUGGAAUAUCUAUGGGUGAAGUCCAUGAAGAUAGCAAACAUUCUGCCUUUUGCUGCCAGACACAGUUAUCUCCCUUGAUAUAUAAAAUCACAGUAUGAAAGGAUUCAUCUAUGCGUACAGUUAUCUUCCUUGGUAUUUAAAAGUUGUAGUUAAUUUGCGAUAACCUGUGCGUGCAAUCUUUUAUUCCUGUCAAAUAUCUCAAUAUUGGAUUGGCCAGUUCAAAUUGAUAAAAUUCAAUUCUUUGGUAGAAGGAGUAAAAAAUAUAACAAGGAAGCAUAUUAAUUCCUUUAAUUUUCACAAUAAUUAAUGAAGUUCAUUAUCAUGGAGACACCAUUUUGUUUAUUUCACUAGAAUGUACUUGAAAAAUGUGUAAGGUAGUGCAUACUGUAUUGUAGUAUACUGUCGCUCAUCAAGGGUUGCAUGUGAUUCCAAAUCUCUCCCCUCAACUGCCUUGGUAAAAUAUCAAUGAUUUUCACCGUUGUUGGGUAUUAAUAAAACCUCUUUCAAAACUGGAAAUUAUUCCAAAUCAAGAUUUAUUUAGUUCCAAAUCUAUUCGCAGGCUUUGGCAUAAUUGUGGUUUAUAUAUUAUAUGGUUGAUCCAUACUUAUUCCAUCACAGAAAUUUAACGAGCACCUGGAGUUUGAUAAAUUGGUUCGACAAAGGUACUAUCAAAUUCACUUUAAGAGUGGUUCAUCCUAAACAGAAGUUUUAUUCAUUUGGUAUUGAGGGAUAUAGAAAUUUGUUGAAAAUUUACCAAUAAGACGAGAUGGGAUUGUAAGUAGGCUUAUAGCUAGCCUAUCAUUCACCAUUAUACAUGUAAUGAUAGAAAUUAUCAGCACAUAUUGGUAUACAUAUAUGAAUAUUUGCUGUCAUUUCAUAUGUCAUAUUUAUAUACUGUAUCAAGUAUUAUUAUUCAUUUACAUUUCCUUGUUAUGAGUUUUGUUUUGAAAUGUGAUCUGGGAUAGAACCUGUUGGGUAUUUAAUAAAAGGAUCAAGAAUUUACGACAAAUUCAAUAGUCAUUAAUUUAUGUUUUAUAAUGUGUCCUUUCCAGUUUGGAUACUGAAAGUAUAUUCUGAAAACAGAAAUGAUUUGCAAUCAUUUUUAUUCACAUGUUCAAAUUGAAGUGUGAAUUUCUAAUCUGGAUGUGAUUAAAAUAUUAUUGAAAAUA